AUGCACGCGAUCGCUGGUUCCGUCGCCCCCGCCGCGCUCAGGCGCUCGGCCUUCAACGGCGCCCGCGUGCGCGCGGCGGCCCCGAAGGCCACCCGCACGGCCCGCCGUACCGUCGUGAAGGCGCACUGCGACACGCCGCUGGUCGGCGGCGCUGCCCCGGACUUCACGGCUGACGCCGUUUUCGACCAGGACUUCAUCAGCGUUCAGCUGUCGAAGUACGCGUCGGAGGGCAAGUACGUCGUGCUGUUCUUCUACCCGCUGGACUUCACGUUCGUGUGCCCGACGGAGAUCACGGCCUUCUCGGACAAGUACGAGGAGUUCAAGAAGCUCAACACCGAGGUGCUCGGCGUGUCCGUCGACUCCAAGUUCUCGCACCUCGCGUGGUGCCAGACCGACCGCAAGGAGGGCGGCGUCGGCGACCUCGCCUACCCGCUCGUGUCGGACCUCGACAAGGAGAUCUCCAAGGCGUACGGCGUCCUCGCGCCCGACAGCGUCGCGCUCCGCGGCCUGUUCAUCAUCGACCCCGAGGGCGUCAUCCAGCACGCCACGAUCAACAACCUGGCGUUCGGCCGCAACGUCGACGAGACGCUGCGCACCCUGCAGGCGAUCCAGUACGUGCAGGCCAACCCUGACGAGGUGUGCCCUGCUGGCUGGACGCCGGGCGCGGCGACCAUGAAGCCGGACCCCAAGGGCUCGAAGGACUACUUCGCCGCGCUCUAA